UUUUCUUUUUUGGCUUUUGUUGUGCUUCCUAUUUAAUGAUUGCUGUGAUGUAUGUUUUAUUGGUAUUUUAUUUGUUUUGUGAUUUAUUAAGCCCAGCUUUUUUAGGGUUUGAUUAUAAAUGUGAGUUAUUUGGUUAGGGUUUUGUUAGAAAAGAAAAAAUAAACACCGGUUUUAAUCUAUACUACUUGGAUUCGAGUGAAAGGAUCGAAUGCUUUGAGUAUUUUUAUAUUUUUAAAAUUUUAUGUAUUUGAAAAAUGUUUAGAAAAUCAUAUUUUCAUACUCAUAUCAAUUAAUAAUUAAAAAACAAGGUCGGGGCAAUCUUGUUUCAAUAUAUUUUCAAUUCAGGCCUCAAGUGCUAGUUUAAUUGAUGUUCUUCAUGUUUUGUGCCCCAGAUGGAGAGAGUUCCUGCAUUUGCCCAACUGUUAAAGAAAGGAGAACUUAUAUAGAUUAACCAUUUGUUACUGCCUUAUUGAUCAGCUCAUAUUUAGUAGAACUAUGGUAAUCAUCAGUUACUUGCAAUAGUAGGACUAACUCGUCUGAAACUUGGAGAAAUCAGCUCUUUAGCACCAAGAUAGAAGGCUAUGCAAUGGAGUCUUCCUCUCAGGAUAUGAAUACGACUAACCAACCUGGUCACAAACCUUCGUUCUCGGCUUUGAUCGAUGCUAUAGCAUUGCAAGAACAAUGUUUUGAACAGUCGCUAGCGAGUCAACAGCUUUGGGCCAAACAGCUUGCUGAUGAACAGGAGGCAAAGAUAAAAGCAACUGUUCAGAAAAUCACAGUGGAUGCUGCUGAAGUUGAUGAAAUUCUUAAAGGGAAAAACAUUGUUACAUCAGAUGCGAAACCAGAAGGGUUUAACUCCAAAAGUGAGGAAAGGGAGCUUCAAUCACAGCCUACAUGUGGGCAAUUUUCAACAUCAAGAUCCCGAUCUACCUCUCUUGUCCGGUAUCCAGAACCAGAUGUUUUCAAGGAAAAUAGAAGGUAUUCCCCAAGAGAUCAUGUCAACAAGAGGGAUCUUGGCUAUUUCAACUCUGACAUCCGAUAUAAUCUUUACAAGGACCAACGGAGACCAAAUUCCCAGAGUUUCAAAUACCAACCAGGUGAUAGUAGAGGCAGAGCUUAUCGUAGGGCAUCGAGAAGUCCUGAGGCUGACACUAACCCUCACUAUGGAAGGUCUAUUGAUAGCAGAAAGCAUAGAGAAAGAAGAGGUGCAUCACCCUUGGAAAAAAGCUGGAAAAGGGAAAGAUCUCCAUCUAAAUCAACGUCUCAGAGAUAUUGCCAUGAGGAUUCUAAUUCCGGAAGGUCGGGGAGCUUCAGAUGCCAGUCGGGUGAUGAUGCUGGCAGAAACUAUCAUACGGUGUACCAAAGACCCACUGAUGUCGGUAUCCCUCACGAUAGUAGGUUUAUUGAUAGCAGAAAACAUAGAGAAAGCAGUGGUUCAUCGCAUAUGGAAAGAAACUGGAAAACGGAAAGGAGAUCUCCAUCUAAACCUAAGCAUCAGAGUUAUUUCGACAAGGACUCCCAUAGUUUCAGAUGCCAGCCAGGUGAUAGUAGAAGCAAAUGUUAUGACAGUAACCCUCACCAUGGAAGGUCUAUUGAUAGCAAAAAGCAUAGAGAAAAGAGAGGUGCAUCACCCUUGGAGAUUGGUAGGAGUCACAAGAGUAGACAUCUUUUAGCGGAAGACCGAAAAGAUGGUUACAGAGACAACGGUGAUGAGAAGAUUAGUGAGCCUACAGGUGGCAGGAGUGGAUGUCAGAAAAAGCCAACCAUGGAUGAAACUUGGGAGAAAACACUAUAUUAGGUACGAGGAAGAUCAAGAGGCAUAUAUGUGCUAGCUUGUGUCGUGUUAAAGCAACUUUUCGUCCCUAAUAGAACAUUGUUUAGUCUUCCUGUUGGGUUAUGUUUCUUUGGUACUCAGUAAUGUGGUACUUGCUAAAAACAUUUUCUUAUUUUGGUUUUAUGUAGUAUUCGGUCAAUGGAUUAACAUUGGAGCAAUAGAAAAACAAACCCUUUUGAGCCA